AUACAUUUAUACAUUUAUAAUAUCGCUUGCUGUAAUCAAAACCUUUUUUUCGUUUUUUUGUGGGACAACCACAGGUUUUUAGAUUUGAAUGUCACACAGUUUGGUUCAGGCCUCCUCUGCGAAGAUAAUGAAGCUGACUGCUCCAAAUACGCAGAGGAGGGAGAAUGUGAGAGGUUUCCAGUCUGGAUGCUAUUCACCUGUAGGAAAUCGUGUAGAAACUGUGGAUGUGAAGACCUGGCAGCCAACUGCUCUUCUCUAGAAAAAGAAGGAAAAUGCCUCCACCCUAAUCAUGCCAAAUGGAUGUUGCGAAACUGUCGUCGAACAUGUAAAGUUUGCCUAGGGGCCGUGAGCUAUGACAUGUACAGGAGAAUGGACGCGAAUGAUAUCUUCAAAUUCAUGAAGACAAUGGCAAGGAAACAUCCGAGACAUAGAUCGCGGUACAGUCACACGGCCUGGUUACACAGCACCAUCCCAGAUCCAAUACAAAACAAUAUAAUUGACAGAGUUGUAAAGUUAACCCAGCUUCCUCGUGAGAUCGUGGAAGGUGCUGAGUCACUCCAGGUGGUUAAAUACGACAAGUACGGUCAUUACCACGCCCACUACGACUCCUCGGGCACUGGUGAUGACAGUAUGAUUUGCUGUCACCAGACGAGAAACAAAACUCUGCCAUGUCGCAUCUGCAGGUUGGUAACGAUUCUUUACUAUCUGAACGACGUUGAAGAAGGAGGUGAAACAGCUUUCAUAAUGGCUGAUAAUUCAACCCUAAACCAAUCGAUGCUUCUAGCAAAACGUGGCCAGGAGGGAGAUCCCUUUAAUCUCAGUAACUACUGUCAAGACGCCAGUUUGGUAGUAGCACCAAAGCAAGGCACAGCCAUCAUGUGGUACAAUCACUUUUUGGACUCCAACAGCGAGUGGCUUGGGGAGAGAGACCCGUACUCCCUGCACGGAGGUUGUAACGUCAGACGAGGCCAUAAGUGGAUAGCCAAUCACUGGAUACCAGCACCAUAUGAAAAUUAUCAGCACUUUCCAAGCAUAUAUCGAAGAAGCAUUAAAAAGGAUCAUGGAUAAUUAGAUAGAUAUUUUAAAUCUUAAUCAAUAGAGAUCAGCAGAGGCCCGUUUCUCGAA